CACUCGUUGAUACGCCCCGAGUACAAGUAUAACGACUGCUGCUGGGGGUGACUGCAGUCUGCUGCGUUUUGAAGGUGACCAGCACCAAGGGGGGAGAUAUCAAAUGAGAUCAUCUCUCUGGUGCAGCUGACCUGAAGAUACACACAGGAUCUGCAGGAGAGUUUUUACUGUCAGGCAACUCCCAACACAAGGGUGAACUCUCAGAGAGCAAUGUUGAAACAGUUCAAACUCUUACAGCAGUUUGGAUCAGUAUCAAAGUCACAAGAUGCAACAGAUCUUCUGUCUGAGGAUCUGGUCUUGGUGGAGCAACGGGUGGAGCCCACAAGGAAAACUGCCCAGAUUGUCCACAAAAAGCUCUUGGCCUGCCUGCAGAGCCAACAAGGCUUGGAUGCCGAGAAACGCUUGAAAAAACUUCCUCUCAUGCAGUUGUACUUCCAUAUGGCAGAUUGUUUAAAAGACCUAGAUGGUGAAUCAUCUAUCAGGACAGUGCUGGAGAUGUGUUGCUCUGCGCAAUGCUUCCUGGCACAAUCACUAGCAGAGUUUGAGAUGAAGUUGGAGAAGGAGGUUCUGGAGCCUCUCAACAAACUCAGUGAGGAGGACCUGCCAGAGAUCUUGAAGAACAAAAAACAGUUUGCCAAACUCACCACCGAUUGGAAUACUGCUCGCUCGAGGUCGCAGACCAGCUCAGGCCCCCAGGCUAAGCAGGAUGGGCUGAGGGAGGAAAUGGAGGAGUCUUGGAGGAAGCUAGAGAGCAUCAAGGACGCAUACUCUGCAGAUCUCUACCUCUUUGCAACCAGAGAGGAUGAAUACGCCAACUACUUUACACGGUUACUAGAGCUCCAGGCUGAGUACCAUGAGACAUCACUGGAAUUCCUAAAAAAUAAAAUCACUGCAGUCAAGGAAAACCCCAGCCAACCAGACACGCCAUUGGGGCCAUCCCACAGAAAGGCUUAUGGGGUGGCUCUACUCACACAUCUGGAGAACUGUGAGUGUCACAUAGCAACACCCAUCCAGGAGUGUGUGGAGAUGCUCUUGCAGAAAGGUCUGAAAGAGGAGGGUUUGUUCCGGUUGGCAGCUGCAGCGUCUGUGGUGAAGAAGCUGAAGGCCAGUCUGGAUGCAGGGAUGGUGGACCACAGCGAGUUCAGUGUGGACCCUCAUGCUGUAGCAGGGGCUUUGAAGUGUUAUCUCCGAGAGCUUCCUGAACCCCUCAUGACCUUUGAACUGUAUCAGGAGUGGUUUGAUGCUGCAGAGGAGAAGGAGCUACCUGACAAGCUAGAAAAGUUCAAGAAUGUACUGAAACAACUGCCGAAAGAAAACUACGACAACCUUCGAUACCUUGUGCAAUUUUUAUCAUGUCUGUCUGAGUACCACACACUGAACAAAAUGACCCCCAGCAACAUCGCCAUAGUCCUGGGGCCUAACUUACUCUGGCCAAAAGUCGAGGGGGAACACUCUCUGCUGGACAUGGCCUCUGCCUCCUCAGUCCAAGUUGUCAUGGUGAUAGAACCACUUAUCCAGAAUUCCAAGAGUCUUUUCUCUGAAGAACCAGAGUUUGAGGUACCUGGCCCUCCUUCUAGUCCAGUCUCAACUGCCUCAGAGGAAGCAUUCCCAACCUCCGCCCCCUCAUCUCCACGACCCAAAGCUGACAGUUUCAGCAAAGCACAGUCAAGUGGACUUCGACCCGCGCAGAAGCGUGACUCUGUGAACCAGGGCACAAUACCAUGGAAUACACCAGACCCUGUGCCAACCUCGACCCCUGCUUUGGAAACGACUGCGUCCAGUUCGGUUGGCCAGACCGCUAAGCCGGCUCCACCUCCCACUCCUGCCCCUCGGUCCAUCCUCAUACAGAGUGUGGAGAGGGAUCCAAGCCCCCCAGACACUGUCGGCGAGUUGCCCCCGAACUCACCUGAACCCACACUGAAGAUCACUGGUCCUUUUAAACCAGCACGACGUUCCUUCCUGCAACACAAGCCCCACAACUCCAAUAACCAACCACUGGGGGCGCUCAAACCCAAGGCUCCUGCUUCUCCCCCCAUCCCUCACAUCAGUCGGGUACCACAACCCCUCCCCUCUACUGCCCCCGUUGUCUCCUCCGUUCCUGUAUACACACCAGUGACCUCUGUUCCGGCUCCGGCCCCUGCUGACAGUCCUCCAUCCCCACCUGGUGCUCCAGCCAACCGACCUCAGGCCCCGGUCAAGCCUCCCCCGCCUCUCCAAAAGAAGACGAGUGGGAAGAAGGGGGCGGUUCGAGCGCCCAACUUCCCACCUCCGCAACCUCCGCCCGCUGUGCCCAAGCAGCUGCGGUCCGCAGCCCAGUGAGGGGGAGGACUGUCCCCCUGAGAGCAGCGCAUCCACCGAAUGAGUUCUGUCUGCAUUCUGUGUAGCUCUCACGCAUGUAAGUCUGACCAGACAUGAUCAGACCUAUUCAUUCUCAGUAUUUUCUUCCUAAGACCAGUAGACCCAGUAGUUUUCAUUUAGUUUUACUCUGUGUCUUGUGUCAUACAGUUGUUCAUUUUUAUGUUUGUUUCAUAGACCAACAUGGGGGGUGUUGGUGUAGGGUAGCCUACAUACAUACGACUUAAUCAUCAAAAGUCACAUAUGAUUUAAAAAAAGCUAGUGGAAAUUAUGCAUAUUGUUUCUGGGACAUUGACUGUCCCCUGCGCCUUGUGUUAGCACCAUUAGGCUGUGCCAUUGAAGCUACACAAACAUGUAAAUAUAAUGUUUGUUUUAAGCUUAUUCAACAAUCUCUAUUAUUAUUAUUAUUAUCAUUAAUAUUUUGUAUUUUUCCUCUUACAUCCUCUUAAAUGGUCAAGUUGACUGGUAUACAUACAUGGUAUAGUUAGUUGGCUGUACAUGUUUGCACAUACAUGUAUUUUGUUAAGCAUAAGAGGACUGGAGAGAUCUACUCCUGUAAAGUGUAUAAAAUUGCAUGAUAAGUCAGUGGUAAACCAACCAGUUUACAAGAUUUUGUGUUGUCAUACUAUAUUUUAAGGAUCUUUAUUGUAAUUUUUAACAAUAGCUCUGGUGAAAUGUUGCAUAUUUGUGUACAUGUGCAUUGUCAUUACUUGCUAACAAACAUAAUAUAAAAACAAACAAACA